AUGGCCCUUGUUCUCUCGGGUAAACGGGACUUGGAGGAUUUUGAUGAAACACUAAGUUAUAGCAAGAGAUUGCCUCUUGUAGAAAAUAUUCAUCACAAUGACACCGUUGGUUCAGCAGAUGCUAAUGAUACGAAUAAGGAAGAGAACAAACAUUCUUUUAGUCCAAAAUCUCCAAAAAAAGCUCAUUCAACGGAUAACCACAGCACCAAUGGAGCUGCAGACUAUCUAUCUUGUUUAGCUAAUGUCUGUGAAACUCAAUCAGUGACCCCAAAGAAAAAAUCUACAAACGAACAGUUAGAAGCUUCCUUCAAUUCAUCUGUCAUCUCUAAGCAUAAUGUCAUAGAAAGAGUGCGUCUAUGUAGCCAGAGACAUGUUCAGGACAAAGAGAACUGCAUCAGUCCUAAGUUCCAGUCUCCAAGGAAAAGACGCCUCUCAGCUGAGAGCCAAAAUACUGAUGGAUCUUGCAACAAUCUGUCUUACUUAGCCAAUGUCUGUGAAACACAAUCUGUUACCCCAAAGAAAAAAUCGAUGAAUGAACACUUUGAACCUCCUCUCACUCCUACAGCAAACUUGAAGAUGUUAUUCAGUGCAGCAUUGGCAGAACGAGAAGGCUUUCAAGAACAGAUGAAUAAGAUCAAAGAAUAUGAACGCAAAAAAGACUUGGAUGAUAAUUUUCAACCUUAUCCCUUUACUGAUAAAUGUCAUUUUGAUCUGGAUUCAGAACAAGGCUUUUCUAAUAACAUUCCAAAGUUUCUGGAGAAAUCUUUAGGAAUUAUGAGUCAGAAAUUUCUCAUGCUGUUUCUUGUUCUCAAGCCAAAAACAGUCAAUCUUGAUCUAGCUGCUAAAAUCCUCAUAGGUGACAUGACAGUUGAUAAGACGGAAAACUCCAAAUUCAAAACUAAAAUUCGGCGCCUUUAUGACAUUGCAAACAUUCUGACAAGUCUUGAUCUCAUCAAAAAAGUUCAUGUGACUGAGAUACGGGGUCGAAAGCCAGCAUUCAAAUACAUUGGUCCAGAAAUUGACAAUACAGCUGACAUUAACAUUUGCAGUACAGAUGGUUGUCACCGGCCCAGUUCAAGACAUUCCUUAUUAGAUUGUGUUAAAAAUCAAGAAAUUGCCCACAUCCUGAACAAACCUGGCAAGAAAGCCAUUAGCCGGUCUGUUACUUCUCAAGAUGACAUGUUUACACCAAACAGUACGUCUAGCAAUGGCAAGAAGGCUUUCUCUCGGCAUGCAUCAUUUGACAGCAUCUGUGAAGUGGCUGAAAAAGAACGGACCAAACUGUUUUCUAUCAAACCCAGCCCCUUGUCUACCUCACAGCCUUGUAGCCCCACAAAGGACAAAAACUUGCCCCAAUGGAAACAGUUCUUUUCUACUCCAAAAGAUAAUCCACAACAAAUCAUCUGGGUGCAGAAGGGCAAUGAAAUUCAUGAAUACCACGUGAUUCCCAGUCCUGGCCAUCCUUUGCCUCUAGCAGCAGCCGCCCCAAUGACAAAGAGCGACAAUGGUGUUCAUACCCCAGUUAGUAUUCCAUCUCUUACAUCAGGGCACACACUUGUGGCAACCCACAGCGUUCCUGUUUCCACAGUAGGUUCUAAAGUUUCACCUGCGACAACUGAACCUUCGCCUUUGGUUCAUGGUGCUCUUUUAAAGCAACCUACAAGCAAUCAGUUGACUCCAGAACAGAUGAAAGCGGUAUUGAAAUCUUUGAAGGAUCCCGUUCCAGUCUCCACUCAUUCCGGUUCAUCUCUGGUUGAUGCUUCAACUCAGUCAUCACCUACAGCAAAUCAAGAAACCGACUCUCCUUCCCUGUCUGCCAUAUCAGAAUGUGAAGACAAUGCCAAACCUGUUCCUAAGCAAAACCAGAUUCAAGAAGCAGAUUCCUCAAAUGAUCCCCUAACUGGAACCGGAGAAAAUGGAAAACGCCAAUCACCCAUCAGAGUCUUGCAUUUAGAGCCUGAAUUUCAAGUGGAUAAAGAUGCUAAGGCUGAUGGUGACAAGACUUUGGAAAAUGCUCCUGGUAAGGAUGACUUGGCUGUGCCCUUGGGAUCUGAGUUAAAUGACAUUGAAGAUAAAUGUUUUAAGCCAAUAUCAGCCCCUGUUGUGACUGCCUUGCCCACACACAAUUGCAGUUGUUGCUUAUCAAAACAUUCUAUUCGUGCCAGCCAGCCAGGCACUCCCAAGUUGGUCCAUCUCACCAACCAGACGUCACCCCAUCCUGUAAUGCAGCUUCCCCUAUUGGCCGUUGCAAGUGUCACAGCUAGUCCAGCUCAGGUGACCAACAGCUUUGCUUACACCAACACGGACAUUAUGUCUUCUCGUGGCAUGAAAAUCCACCAACUUCCCAGCCCACACAUUCUUACUUUUUCACCUGUUCCAACCAUUGGCAUUGCUGACAAUUCCCAGCCCAGUCAGACUUUAGUUGCCUUCCCUGUAUCUCAACAGUCUGCCAUGACCCUGGCAUCUGUGCAGCUUGUGCAGUCAUCCUGCAGCGCAAGUGGUCAGGGUAAUAAUGUACAGAUGAAGACCCCGACACCUCUGACCAUGCAUAAUCCAUCAACAACUCCAGGCGGCCAGAUGUCAUUCCAGUCACCCCAUUCAGUUUACCAAGGGCUUUUGUUUCUUUCUUCUCUCUCUUCUUCUUCCCAAGAAAGGUUUAACAAUUUUGCUUUCUCUUCUGCAACAAAGGAAUUCUCCUCUCUCUCCCCUCUUUCUCUUUUUUCUCUCUCUUUCUCUUUUUUCUCUCUCUUUCUCUCCUCUCUCUCUUUCUCUCCUCUUCAGAAGACUCAGCACUUUAACUUCAAUGUCAAGUAA